UACGCGCCAUUCACCGGAUCCAGAGCAGUCAACAUCCUCGCGCCUAACCAGAGAAAAGUACUUGUCUCUGGCCUAACCUCAAUUUCAGCAAAAUGUUAAAAACCAUCACAAACAGAGGCAUAAACUUAAGGAAAAACUACAGCCAAACUAGCAGCAUUUUAAGCUUGCUCAACGAUGACAAAUUGGGUCAGCACGUAUUCAUUCAGGGGUGGAUCAAGGCACUGCGAAAGCAGAAAGAAGUGACUUUUUUGGACAUCAACGACGGCUCAACCCCAAAAAGUUUACAGAUUGUGUCGUCGAAGAAAAAUGUUCCCAAAGUAACUGUGGGCGCUUCUGUCAGUGCCUCAGGGCUGCUGAAACAAACCGCUAAAGGUCAAAAUGAGGUAUCGGCAACAAGCGUUAAAAUGAUCGGAGAAUGUGAUCUGGAGAAAGGUUACCCGUUUGCCCCCAGAAAACGAUAUGAGCCACAAUACGUGAGGGAGUAUUUGCACUUGAGACCCAGAACUAAGACAUUCGCUUCAGUGUUACGACUUAGACAUGCAGCCUAUUUAGCCAUUCACAACUACUUGCACCAAAACCACUACAUCAAUAUACAUACACCGAUUAUCACUGCCAAUGACUGCGAGGGUGCAGGCGAGACUUUCAAAGUGGUCCCAGACAAUGAACAGCUACUGAAAAAUAUGGCAAAAAAAGACGUUCCUUUUGAUAAUGCAUACUUUGAUACCAAGGCCUAUCUGACAGUAUCGGGCCAAUUGCACUUGGAGGCAGCGGCUCACGCUCUGAACAAAGUGUACUGUUUUGGUCCCACUUUCAGAGCCGAAAAUUCAAUAUCCAGGUUUCACCUGUCCGAAUUCUAUAUGCUUGAACUAGAACAGGCUUUCUUGGACGAUCUGGACGAUCUGCUGGAUGUAGUGGAGAAAAUGAUCAAACAUGUUACUGCUGAUUUGCUCGAACACAAUUUUUCAGAUCUAGAAACUUGCAGCCAACAGAAAAUUGAAUAUUCCUGGAUUGACAAGGAAUUUAAAAGAAUACCCCAUGAAGAAGCCUUGGACAUUGUGACAAACAAAUUGAAUAAAACCGUUUCCAGCAAGACAGGCUUCACGAAAGGGGAUGAAGUGGCGUUAACGCAUUAUUUUGGUCAUGUACCUGUAUUUAUCAUAAACUGGCCCAAAGAGGAAAAACCGUUUUACAUGAAGCAGAUAAACGACGAUCAGGUGGCGGCUUUUGACUUGUUGGCCCCGUCCGUAGGAGAAAUAGUGGGCGGAAGUUUACGCGAAAAUAGCUACGAGAAGUUGAAGGCGCAAAUACCCGAAAGUAACUCUCAGUUGGACUGGUAUUUGGAUUUAAGGCGAUUUGGCAGUGUCCCUACCGGGGGCUUUGGAAUGGGAUUUGAAAGGUAUCUGCAACUCGUUCUAGGGGUUCAGACCAUCAAAGACUGCAUUCCUUUCCCGAGGUGGCCACAUAAUUGCAAGUUGUAAAUAAAUGAUAGGUAACUG